AUGUCGGCGACAACACCAACCCUCCCUGAUACUUUUUGGGAUAGACUGGCUACUAGGGAAGAUGACGAAGCCAGGAUCCGUUGGUACAUGUGCGUUAUUAUCAACCUGUCCUCCUUGAACUACCCCGAUGUCAUUCCCCAGGUCUACAAGCACCUGCACGACUACCUCCUGCAUGACAUGACCGAGGCUCAGCGAUUCAAUGCCGUACAGAUUAUCAGAGAAGGUCUGAUCAAAUCGACUGGCAUAGCCGGCGCAGCCAGAACAGGCAACGCGAUGCGGACACUGUCUCAAUGCGUGCCAGAGGAGUAUCGAGAGAAGAGCUCGAGACGGGCUAAUGAGACGCACGAGUUCGCAGUGGAACGCGGCCGCCAGUUCUGGACAAACAUAUACGCGAGAAAUCCAGCAUUCGACCCCGAGGCGUCCGUUAGGGCUAGCCCGGAUUAUGCCUUUGUCGUAAGAGAUGUUCUAUACGCUAGAGUCUUUUCAUACGACGGCGUAAUCGACCCCUUGACUACGGGACUAGCGAUGGUCUCGGCGCUGUAUGGCAUGGACUGUCCGAACCAGCUUCAGCAUCAUAUGAAGGGAUUCCUGUUCAAUGGAGGCACGCGGGAGGAGUUAAUUGCACUGCGUGAUUUGUGUCUUGGGAUUGCUGUAAUCCUAGGUGUCCAGUCGAGAUACGGGGAAUGUCCUAUUCCGUCAGUUGAGUCUGUCUAA